AAAGCAUUCUUUACGGGCAACUAGGCUGCUGACAAGUAAAAGCUGAGAUUUGGGUUAAACAUAAUCAAGUCUGCUUAAAAAGUAAGCAAUCAAGCUUUUUGCAAACACAGUUACAUUUUAAUAAUAAGAUAAUAUAAAGCUAAAUGUUUUUUCAAAUAAAAAGGGAUUCGAAUUUGCAGGUUGCAAUUUUCAAUGUGAAUUAAAAUGUUGUUUUUGCGAGUCAUUCUACAAAGAAAAUGUUAAAAUUGUUAAUCUCAUUUUUGAAUCGCCUGUUUCUAUAAUGACUGUCACAAGAACAUUACCAUGAACACGGGAUCAAUAACAAGUGGCGCCGUAGAUUAGUGGUUAUAGCUCUUGUACUCUGUGCGGGAGACCGCAGACUGCCAGGAGUUGUCUAGUGAAGUGCAUGCCCCAAUUGGGUAUGUGUAGUUCAAAAUGAGCAUUAAAUACUCUAGGACUCUCCAUCUACGCCAUGGCCUCUCUGGAAAUAAUAGACAGGGUAUAUCCCUUGAUAUUUGUGAUGUUAGCCAUGUAAAAUAUGCACAUCUAUCUAUCUCUAGUCCUUCCAGAUCACAGCUGUAAAGAGGUUUUUGCUCUACAGCCAGCAAACUUAUUUCAUAUUUCUAAUUCAAACCCGUAAACACUUUUAAAUUGGUAGAGAAACUCAAGGGUGAGACUUUUAAAUUUUUUUAUUAAAAGUUUUUUUAUUUAAAAACAAAUGAAACUAUCUUCAUUUUGCUUUUUGAUGAUUAUUUCGAAUUUCAAAGGGUGAUUUUUUUAUCUAGACUUUCUUGAAUAACAUUAACAACAUACAGCUGAUGUGUAAUCAAAUAUGGAUUCUAAGAAAUUGAAAAUAUACAUAUCAGAUAAAGAAUAUGUUACAGUUUUGAAUAAAAUAUUUCUCAGAUUGGAAGAAGAACCACUUUUUAAUUCUGGAUUAAACUAUAAUGAUCGUGCUAAUAUGAAUCUUGAUGAUAAGCGUCAAGAUGCAAAUGAACAAACUGUAUGGUUAGCAAAACAGCUGUUAGCAAUGGAUGCAAAUGAACCCCCAUUUGUAAAAUCAGCUAGUGGACAUGCUUUGAAUUUUGUUGGUGCUAGGGGAAUUAAAAUUGGUAUAAGUACAGGUUUAUUUGCCUCUACGAUAUCGUCAUCAACCACUUAUCCUGAAGGAUUGGAAAUUGCGAAAAAAACUCAAAGUUUGGAGGUUUUCGGUUGUUUUGCUCUCACAGAGUUAUCACAUGGAAGCAACACGAAAGGGAUGCGAACAACUGCAACAUAUGAUCCCAAAUCUCAGGAGUUUGUAUUGAACACACCAGAUUUCGAAGCCAUGAAAUGUUGGGCAGGCAAUCUUGGACAAGUAGCAACUCAUGCUCUCACAUAUGCACAACUAUACACUCCAGAUGGUGUUUGCCAUGGUCUUCAUGGUUUUAUUGUACAAGUUCGAAACAAUGAUAAACUUCCUAUGCCUGGUGUUAUUGUUGGGGAUAUGGGACACAAGUUAGGAAUUAAUGGAUUAGAUAAUGGAUAUAUGAUUCUCAAUAAUGUAAGAAUUCCUCGUUCACACUUGCUAAAUAAACAAGGGGAUGUUACUGUGGAUGGCAGAUACAUAUCUCAGUAUGCCGAUAAAAGUAAACGUUUUGGUGCUGUUCUUGGUACAUUAUCUGGUGGAAGAAUAUCAAUAUUAGGUGCAACUACUUGUGAUCUUAUUACAGCAAUAACCAUUGCCAUAAGGUAUUCAUUUCAUCGAAAGCAAUUUGGACCAAUUGAAGGUGGCCUAGAAAUUCCAGUAAUUGAAUAUCAAAUGCAGCAAUGGCGAUUGUUACCAUAUCUUGCUGCUGCAUAUGUUUGGCAUUCGUUCUAUUUUUGGUUUUCAUCUAUAUUUCAUAGUCACAUUAACAGAGUUGACAUCCCUUUACAAGAAGUUGCUGCACAAAGCAAAGAGAUUCAUGUUUUAUCUUGUGCUGGCAAAGCUGUUGCAACCUGGGUAACUAGAGAUGCAAUUCAAGAAUCACGUGAGGCUUGUGGUGGCCAUGGUUACUUGAGUGUAAACAGACUGGGCCAACUGAGAGAUACAAAUGAUCCUAGCUGUACGUUUGAAGGUGAUAACAACUGUAUUCUUAUGCAAACAAGUAAUUACUUAGUGGGUGUGUAUAAACAGAUAGAGAAAGGAUUGUAUGUGGAGUCACCAUAUGGAAGCAUUGGUUUUUUGAAUCAAAUUUCUCAAACAUUGAAAAAAAAAUGUCAAGUAAAGAGUGCUAAAGAUCUAAAUGCAACAGUGAUUGAUGAGAUGUUUCAAUGGUUGGUAUCAUAUUUGUUAAAAAAGAGUAGUGAGAAGGUUAAAAGUCAACUUGCCCAUGAGAAGAAUGUGUUUACAGCCACGAACAACUCACAAGUCUACUUCUGUAGAUCUUUGGCUAUUGCAUAUAUUGAGAGAUUUGCACUACAAACAUUUGCCACUGAGAAAGUUUUUAACGAGAGAUGUCCACCAGAAUUUAAACAGUUAUUAAAUAACAUCUACAUGUUGUAUGGUUUGUGGAUAAUUGAGAAAAAUAUUGGAACUUUCUUUCAAGGAGGAUAUUUUGCAGACCCAAGACAAGCAGAAUUUAUAAAGGAGAGCAUUCUGGCAUACUGUUCAUUGUUGAAAAAAGAUGGCAUGUUUCUUGUUGAUGUUCUUGCACCUCCUGAUUGGGUGUUGAAUUCACCAAUUGGACACAGCAAUGGAAAGCCGUUGAAAAAUCUAUAUGAAGCUAUGGUAACAACUGAGUCACAAAAACGUCCAAAAUGGUGGAAGGAGCUGUUAAAACCUGUUGAUGUUGGAUCUAAAUCUCAUUUAAUAUCUAGCAAAUUGUAGAAUACAAAGUGAUGCUAAGAUCUAACGAAAAGUGUUGUUGUGUCAAAAGUUAUUAAUGUCAAUAAAUUAGUCUCAGUUAGACGUAUUCCUUGUUAAUAUGAACAACAUAAGUUCAGUGAAACGUGAUGUACCUAGCUUUUACAAAUUCGAUGGAAUCGGAGAUAAUUUGAGUGCUUUAAAGGGGCUACAAACCGGUUAAAAUGCUCACAUUCCGUAUAUCCCGCGCAUAUAUUACAAAUCCGUGAAACACGUUUUGUGCAAUAAACGGACCAGCGCACUUUGCUUGCUGGUUCAAUAUUUUUUUUCUGAAAGUGUAUUAUAAAGAAAUAUUUCAACGAGACUCAUUCUGGAUGAAAACAUGACCAAGGCUGGAGAAGAUAAAUUCUAGAUAUAUCCAUAUGCUCAAGUCUGUAAAUUACAUACAUGCCAGAAAAUAGCCAGUUUGUUUUUCACCGCCAUCAGCUCAACUUUCGUGUAAGUCACUAAAUUUGAAAACCAACAGCUGUUCCGUAGCCCCUUUAAAGGAGUUCAAUUUUUUUUCUGUCUGCCUAUUUUUUAAUCUACUGUUCUGCAUUGAAUGUAAAAUUUGUAAAUAAUAUUUUUGUGAAUUAACAUCAUAACUAAUACGGUUCCUUCUUUUUUGACGAA